AUGGGCUUCAUAUCGCGAAUAAUCACACUCUUUGGGCUCGUUCUGCUCGCACAUGCAGGCUACUCCGCCCACGAACACACAGUCCUAUACAGUAAUGUGCGCCUUUCCUCAGCCUCCACCGCGCUUCCCCUUGAUAUCGUCAUUGAGGCCUUGGUGUCACUCGUCAUCGUCUCCGCGGGCCUCGUACUAGGCACAGAGAAACUCAAGCCGAUUAGCUGGAGCGAAUGGGCUGGGGAGAUUGAGAGGGAAGGAGGCGCCAGGAAUCCUUACCUUCGGCUGGAGGAGCGAUACAGUUUCUGGGAUAUUAGGGCGAAGAGGAAGGAAUUCGCUGAAUGGGUUCGGGGGAAUGAUGCCUUGCAGGAAGCCAAAUGA